GUCACGAGUCAGGACUAGUCAAGUCAGGGAAGACUUUACGUCAUGACCAACUACCAACUCCUUCAUUUGCAUGAAAUCAGCUCCAACGUCGUUGCGGUUUCGAAGACUCAGACAUUUUACGACUGCGCUCUACGGUAUUAGCCAAUCUCUUCAGUAGGUCAGACACGGCAGCGCGGUGCUGUUUCGAACUUGAGCUCGUCCAUUAUCCCUCCCCAUGGCUGGGUUCAGCGUACGGAAUGCAUACUACCUUCGCGUAUCAGCAAGCUCAGUGAUACCUCUGUAUCUCUAUCUUGAUGAAAGACAUGUAGAUUGGAUGUCAGACGCGGUUCUACAGCAUGUUUUGGCUGAUCUGCGGCCACUGGUUCUGCCAAAGCUGCAAGCUGAGAAAGAUAUCCACUUUGGUCCCGGGGCUUCGAGUGGGAAGAAGGGAGCGGUCGACGUUCAUAGAGGAGAGACCUAUCAGGUUGCCUUUUUCUUCCAGAAGACAGAACCUCAUAAUGUGAUCAUCAAAACACGUUCAUUCGUUCCAGCACCCCCGCCUCCUCCCAAAGUUACCAUCCCCCCACCACAACUGGCAAAGUCCAAGAGUAGAAGUGGGAAGAGAAAAAGCAGAGUCUCGGAGAAUCAGGGUGCUGAAGCAGCUUCUGGCCGCAAGAGACAGAAGACGAAGGGCAGAACUCGAGCUCGUAGUGAUGAUGAAGAGGAAGAGGAAGAGGAGGAUGUCAUAAGCCUCUCAGAUGGCGAUAGUGAAUCGGAUGAGAUACAAGGAGUUUCUCGAGCGACUCCCGCUACGACUCGACGUUCGCAGAGAACAAGAAAGGUUCCUGUCGGGGGCUAUCGAGAAGAUGACGAAGACAUUGUGGACAUUAGUCCUGACGAACCUCUAGAUGCGGAGAUGGCUACUCCGACAGAGACUACCCAGCGAGACGAAGUUCCUGCAGAGGAACUCGGUGGCUACGAUCUCCAUAUGAUGGAUCACAGGGUUGAUAAACUAACAACUGUUAAACAAGAAGAUGCAGAAAUGUCCGAGGAGUCUACUAUGGGAACUACUCUUGAUCCGGAAACCGUCGUGGUUACUUCUGAGCCCAGUCGGCCGUUCAUGGAGAUCGACGACGAAGAUGACAAAAAGGAUAAGCUGGCACUCAAGCUCAAAUACCAAGGUUUCAACAUCUUUGGGCGUUGUCUCUGCGUCGUCGUGGAGCCAUGGCCUCCUAUUCGAUCUGCCACACGAGCGCCAUCCGUAAUGCCCUUGACAAACGAGGCAUUAAGAGGCUCAAGUAUUGCACCUCCUGAUUUCGUGCCUAGUAAUAACAACCAAAGAGCCCGCACGCCUCUCUUCCUGCCAGAGUUCGACAGAGGUAGAAGCCAAACCCCAGCUCCUUUCCCUCGAGCAAAGACCUUGCCUCCAGUUCCCCUCUUUAAUGACCCUACCCCCGAUGACGAUAACGAUGGCUACGGCAGUGAUGACCUCAUGAUAUUCAGCCAGGCACUCAAUGCAGCCGGUGGCAUGCACGUCGCAGCUGCAGAUGACGAUGAUGAGAUGGAUGGAGCGGUAUUAUUCGGGGAUGCAGAUGAGGUGAGGGAGUUUUCGUAGUAUGAUUACAUCGUCUAUUAGA